AUACAUUUACCUUGCGUCGCUCUCCGUCCCCGAGAAUACGAAUCCGCGGGAUGCAAACCACCUUCUCGCCAUGUCAGUUCCUUCAGAGAGCGUCCAUUGCCAUUCGACCAUGCGAAGAUCCCACAAAAAGUCCAGAAAUGGGUGCAAAGACUGUAAACGAAGGAAAGUCAAGUGCGAUGAAGUAUAUCCCUCGUGCUUUCAUUGCUCGCGUCAGAAUAUUCGCUGCAGUUUGAGUGACAGGGAGCAAGAGAGUCGCAAUGUUACGUCAGUCUCGGCUGGUUCAAGACGCUCGGCGACACCAAGCCUCCCAGCUACGCGUCCAGCUGAUUCUAUUCCUCUGUACGACGAGCAUAUCCAAAUUGAAAUCCCUGCAUCACCGUUCAGUUCUAGUAACAUGCGAGAGCUAGAACUCAUGCACCACUACUCUAUCAACACGAGCAAUUCAUUAGCGUUGCGAGAAGACCUGCGAUACGUCUGGCGCGUUGUCGUCCCCCAAGAAGGAUACGACAACCCUUUUGUUUUACACGGGAUAUUGGCAGUGGCGGCAGUACACAAGGCCCAACUCGUUCCUAGUUCGCGACAGACUUAUUUGAACCUCGGGACAUACUACCAAUCGGUUGGGCUUGAGGCCUUCAGGACUGUUAUGCAAAACGUGGACAAAGACAGUUGGAAGCCGUUUUUCUUUUUUGCAAGCUCGGUGAUUCUUUACGCCUGUCUGCUUCCCGCACGAUCCGAAAGUCGAAAGAUUGAAAGGCCUAUUGCUUCAAUCAUGGAGCUUUUUGCUUUUAUCCGUGGGAUUCAGGCGAUUGGGCCAUAUUUGGGUGGCAUUUCCCGCGGCAACCUUGCGCCCCUAAAUCUCCAAGACUGGGUGGUCUCAAUGGAUGAAUCAUUUGAUGUUAAUCCUUCCCUCGCCCAUUCAUGUCUCCCAGCCAGCGUAUUCGACGCGUUAUGUCGUCUCAAGGACUUUAUUAGGAGUCAUGCAACCCCCGAGGACCGUGACGACUACCUGACGGCCGUCGAGGAGCUUCAGAAGGUUGCAAGGUUGUUGGCACAUGCGGGUGUGCAUCCCGAAUGCGGCAUGGUCUUGUUCUGGCCCUACGUUAUAUCAGACAAGGUUAUUGCACAGAUAAAGGCGUUCGACCGCGUCGCACUGCUCUUGAUGUCAUAUUAUUCUGUAUUUCUCUCUAUCAUGGGUAGCCACUUUUGGUUCUUACAAGGCUGGGGUCCGCAACUCCUUACUGAGAUUGAGCAUCACCUGAUCGACGACCGGGACUUGAUGGAGUUACUGAGACUUGAUCAGAUUCGAGAUCGGUUAAGCCCAGAAGAGAUCAGCAUGCUUGAAGCAGCGCUGAUUCAAAUGGGUGGCAACUCCCAAGAUCAACUCGUCUUCUGGAUGCCUUGCGAUGGCGGUCUCUCGGGUCCCAUCGGCCAACAGGCCUCAACGACAUUGCCCAUCAUACUCGCCCAGGAAGCGGGAACAGCGAACUCCAUCGUCGUAUUUUUGAUGAUGAUGUUUCGACUGAUCGUCUCGCAUGUCGCUUCGAUGCCGCAACAACCCAGAUCCAACACCCCGGCGGUCUCGUCACUAUAA